AUGUAUCCUAAGUGUAUCCAGCAGUGGGCCUUGUCCCUGACCUGGGCUGUGAGCAUAUUUCAAGGAGUUCGGGCGACGGAGUCGUUGGCAAACGGAGUUGAGCUACGAAUUAUGCCCGUAGGAGACUCUAUUACACAUGGUUACCAAGGCGGCUCAAUAAACAUUGACGGGAACGGCUACCGUCGACAACUGUGGUGGAAUAUCAAAGACAACACCAAGAAUUUUGUUGGUAGCCAAAUGUCCGGCAACCUUCCAGAUCCGUACAGUGAGGGAUACGAUGGAGCAAUCAUUGCAGACAUUGCCACAUUUAUUAAUGGCUCACUAUCAUCAAUGAGACCCAAUGUGGUUCUUAUACAUGCAGGAACCAAUGACAUGAACCGGCCGAUCGAUCCAGAUAACGCACCAGAGCGGCUAGGUGCUAUGAUCGAUGAGGUAGUCUCGAUAUGCCCAGAUGCAGCUGUUCUUGUGGCAGAAAUAAUCACUACCAAUGAUACUGCAGCUGCUGAACUGGGGCAAAAAUAUAAUGCUGCGAUCCCUGGUGUGGUCUCUUCUCGUGCUGAUGAUGGCAAGAAAGUCUUACUGGUAGACAUGAGCAGCCUACUGACGACAGCUGAAUUAACCGAUGGUAUCCAUCCUACUGAUGAAGGCUACGGAAAAAUGGCGAACGCAUGGUUUGCAGGGAUCCAGGAAGCCGCACAAAAGGGGUGGAUUAAGGAGCCAGUUCCACUAUCAAAAGCACCGACAGGGAGCGGAUGUUCUGCCGUACCAGUGUGGAAUCCUAUUGAUGAGAUUGCUGUCGGCGAGGGUAGUGCAAAUCUUUGGUUUGCAGAUCUAGACGGCGAUGGCAAGGACGACUAUAUUAUGCUUGACAACAAUGGAGCUGCGACUGCUUAUCUGAAUGCUGGCCCAACUGGCCCGGGCGGUCAAAUUUGGGAUAGCCAGGGGGAAGUGAUGAAAAGUGUCGGUGCGGAGGCCACCCAAGUCCGAUUCGCCGAUAUUAACGGUGAUGGAAAGGCGGAUUAUCUCGUUGUUCACGACAACGGUACGGUAAACUGUUGGAUAAAUGAACGUUCUGGCGACACUGGGAUCUUUACGUGGACUGCACAGGGUCAAAUUGUGACCGGGCAUGGACAUGACGGCCCAGGAGUUAUCUUUGCCGAUAUAAAUGGGGAUGGUGUAGAUGACUAUUUGUGGGUAUCGGAGUUAGGUGAAGUGACUGUGUAUCUCAACGAUGCCAGCAACCCACCGAAAUGGAUUUCCCAAGAAGAAGAAAAAUAA